AUGAAAUUCAAGAUAGGAGACGAGAUCGAAGUGAGCAGCAGAGAGGAGGGUUACCUGGGUUCCUAUUAUGAAGGAACAGUGGCUAUGAAGAUCAGCAAAACUACGUGCCUUGUGGAGUACAAGAAUUUGAUAGAAGAUGAUGGGUCAGGACCUCUGACAGAGAUUACCGCCAUCAAUGAGAUCAGGCCUAAGCCGCCCGUCAUUCCUUUUCCGACUGAAGAUUUAUCUCCAGGCGAUAAAGUUGACGCCUUCGACAAUGAUGGUUGGUGGAUUGGGACCAUCUGCGAAAAGAAAGGGUUAGGGUAUGUUGUGCAUUUUCAUACCACUGGAGAGACCGUCACUGUCCCUGAUACUGAGAAAUUGAGGAUGCAUCUGGAUUGGAUUGAUGAAAAAUGGGUCUCUCCCAAGUUUGGGGUAAGAGGAUGGACAAACUAA